AUGAGACGCUCACAGGUGGCUCAAGCUCACUCCACGACAUACCAUCCCCGGACGAAUGGCUUAGUCGAAAGGCAGAAUCGGACGUUGGUGUCGAUGCUGAGGGUAUAUUGUUCCAGGUUUAUGACCGAUUGGGACAGAUACCUUCCACAGGUGAUGGGAGCUUACAACAGCGCGCAACACUCUACCACCGGAGUUAGUCCACAUAUGAUGUUAACCGGACACGAGAAGUUUUUGGCCUUGGCUUUCUUUUACCCAGAAUAUGAGGUGAAGAAAACAUCACCACAAGUCUACGUAGGGGAUGUGAUUAGACGUCAACAAGAACCAAACGACUUGUGUAGACGGAACACUCAGCAGGCGCAGGCAAGGCAGAGGAAAAGGUUCGAUAAAAAAACAGCUGGUGCAAAAGCUUACUCAGUAGGAGACUACGUAUGGAUAUGUCUCUACGUCUCAAUGAAUCUAGGCCAACAUUUCAAACAAUACGAGAAGUACCAGGUGUUGAACGAAGAACAAGAUCACGACGCGUACAUCGAUUGA